AAAGAGAGAGAGAGAGAGAGAGAGAGAGAGAGAGUUUGAACAUUUUGGCUGCUGUACACAAUAUUUCACAAAAGCAGAUAAAACCAUGACGUUCUCCUCCAGUCCCCGGCUGGUGUACCUCACCGUGUUCAUAUUAGUGUGUCUGGCACUUCCUAGCGAUGCUGCCCUGCGGGUGUACCGCAUGCAUGGCAAAGGGCUGAAAGGUGACGCUUUGGGAAAUGCUCCUGACCCCUAUGUGAAGAUGUAUGUCAGAAACAUAUUUGUGACCCGAACCUCUGUGAUUAAGAGUAGCUCUAACCCCAUAUGGAGCUCUACCCUGACCUCUAAUACGGCUCAAAUCAACAAUGAGCUGAAGCUGCAGGUUUGGGACGAGGAUAUUCAGAAGGAUGACCUUUUGGGAGUGUGUUAUACCCAGGUGAAGCGUGGCAGUUACAGCUAUCAGUGCACUUUGAGCAAAGGAGGCUACCUGAUCUAUUCGUACGAGUUCAACUGAAGACCUGAAUCAUCGAUCUGAUGUUUUCUGCAGUUCCUCACUGUAUCUUUAAUUGAAGUUUAACAUGUUCACGUAAAUAAAACAAAGUAUUAGAACCUUC